UAGAGUUUCGUAUAGGGAUGGUGGAUAUGUCAAAUGCUCCAAGGUGUUCAUGAAAACGUUUGAAUUGUGAUUUUGUAAAGUUUUUUAAUUACAUUUACUUUGACAAAAAACUGCCAGCAAAACCAUGGCUGCUGGCCCUAUUGCUGAAAGAAAUCAAGAUGCCACAAUCUAUGUUGGCGGCUUGGACGAUAAAGUUACUGAAACUCUGCUAUGGGAACUCUUUGUACAAGCUGGUCCAGUAGUAAAUGUUCACAUGCCCAAAGACCGCGUAACCCAAAUGCACCAGGGUUAUGGUUUCGUAGAGUUUUUAAGCGAAGACGACGCCGACUAUGGCAUCAAAAUUAUGAACAUGAUAAAGCUGUAUGGCAAACCGAUUCGUGUGAACAAAGCAUCGGCACAUCAGAAGAACCUCGAUGUUGGUGCUAAUAUCUUCAUAGGAAAUCUCGAUCCUGAAGUCGACGAGAAACUGCUCUACGAUACAUUUUCCGCCUUCGGUGUGAUUCUGCAGACACCUAAGAUCAUGAGAGAUCCCGAAACAGGUAACUCCAAAGGUUUCGCGUUCAUAAACUUUGCCAGUUUCGAAGCUUCCGACACGGCCAUGGACGCCAUGAAUGGACAAUACCUGUGCAACAGACCGAUCUCGGUAUCCUAUGCUUUCAAAAAAGAUUCCAAAGGUGAACGCCACGGUUCUGCGGCCGAACGUCUUCUCGCCGCCCAAAAUCCACUAUCGCAUGCUGAUCGACCUCAUCAACUGUUUGCCGAUGCUCCAGUACCUCAGAUGAUGCCAGUCAUGCCUGGUCAAAUGAUGCCGCCGCCGAUGAUUGCACCGCCACCGCCUCCAACACCGGGCGGCAUGAUGCCUCCUCCUCCGCCGGUUCCACCACCGCAAUCGUCUGGGUUCCCUUCAUCGGUGCCGCCACCACCGCUGCCGCCCAUGCCGGCUAAUCAACCUCCAUUACCUCCACCGGUGGGAAUUCCACCACCUCCUCGCAUGAUUCCUCCGCCGCCAUGGCAGGGAGGCCAGGCGCCUGCGCCGCCUCCACCUAGUUUUCCCAAUGGAAUGCCUGGUGCGCCGCCUACUGGUGCUCCUCGGCCGCCACCACCCAAUUGGAGACCUCCACCGCCCGCAGGUUUUCAGAGGCCACCUUUCCCACCCAGACCGCCACCAUUCAAUGGGGAAGCAGCAGCUUUUCAAUUUUAAUAAAACAAUAAUUCUAGAGAAUAACCGAUCUGACCUUGAAAUAAACUUCUUUUUGCAAAAAAUAAUGAAA